CACACGCACUCACACGGCGAGAGAGAACCCAACAUGGCUGAAGCAGAGACAAGCGAGUUAACUUCUGGUGGAAUUUUUCAGGAGAUCUUCACCUCCCCGUUGAAUCUCACCCUCCUCAGCCUGUGCUUGUUCCUCCUGUACAAAAUCUUCCGCGGAGACAAACCACCGGAGCUCGGCGAGGUGGAAAAGCCGCUGCCUAAACUGAAAAAGAGAGACUUCACCAAGGCGGAGUUGAAGAUCUACGAUGGACUGCAGAAUCCAAGGAUCCUCAUGGCUGUCAACGGGAAAGUGUUCGACGUGACCAGAGGAAAGAAGUUUUACGGGCCAGAGGGGCCGUACGGAGUAUUUGCAGGCAGAGAUGCAUCUAGAGGUCUAGCGACAUUCUGCCUGGAGAAGGAGGCCCUGAAAGACGAACACGACGACCUGUCCGACCUGAAUGCCAUGCAGCAGGAGAGCCUCUCAGAGUGGGAGACGCAGUUCACCUUUAAGUAUGACUACGUCGGCAAGCUCCUGAAACCAGGAGAGGAGCCCACAGAGUACACAGACGACGAGGAAGGAAAGGACAAAAAGGCGGACUAGAAAAUGAAAAGUGACCAUGAGGGGAAAAUGACAGAUGCCUUAAUGUUUUUUUUAAAAUGUUGAUGCCUGUCGCAUCCUUAGGGCCCUUCAGAGAAAUCUCUGCCAUCUUCUGUUUGCAUUCUAAUAUCUUUGGACCAUUGAUCCUGGAUUUUAUACGCUGACUGAAUUCCAUUUAUCUCUGUUUAUCUUAUUUAAAGGUUGGAUGGCAUUAACAGCUAAAUAUACUGUAUUCUGAUGUAGAAAUGUGUUGUUAGAGAUUAGAUUAGAUACUGUAAAACCUAAAAAUCGAUUAUUAGAUUGCUGCGGAGAAUCAAGAACCUUUGUCGACUUAUUGACGGACCAAUUGCAACAUUUUCUGAAGCUACUGACGGUUGUGUGUCCUGUAGGUUGAGGCUAAUAGGGUGUGUAAAUAAGGAGUUCUGCUUUGGUCGGCUCACUUUGAAUCAGUUUGGUUGCGAGAUUAUCCGCAGCUCUGUUGAACACUUGUUCAUAUCGCUGCUGAUGAAUUGCAGGUUGUAGACAUUCCUUUCAUCCAAGGUUCGGCUCAGCUCGCAUUGAAAUUAAUUAUCUGGGGGAAAAGUUUCAUUCAAAAUUCAGAAAAAAUUAUUAAAGGUCUGGAGCCAGACAUCAGUUAUAAAGUGAAAUUACAGUGUUUUUAACUGCGUCCGUUCUGAUUAUGGGUCUUACUAUGCUAUUAUAGUAAUUUUGCACACGUGUCCCAGAGAUUCAGGAUCAGUCAAUUGAGGCAAAACGAACAAACUUGUGAAAGCUUUCCAAAUAAACUUUGAUUUUACAGAAACCAUUAAAAAUUUUUUGUCUUUGAGUUCCACCAUAAGCUACUUUGGUUACCCGGCAGGUUUUGCUGAAUAUAGAUCUCGUUGCAGUUAGCUGCAAUAGCUUGUACAGGGGAUUCAUUUCUGUGUUUACUUUCGGUUGGACAAGCAUUUGAAAUAAUGAAUUUUAAAAAUUAGGUUUAUUUGGAAAGCAUUUUCUGAAUUUCUACAACAGAGGUGUUUAAUGCGAAGUUAGCGUGACCCACAGUCAGGAGGAGGGACACAAUUAUAAGAGUAACACCCAGGCUGAAAAAUACUCAAGAUUUCCUGUAAAUGGAGCAAACCAGCUAAUUGGACUGAACACUGAACAGAUCUCUUUUAAGCAACUUUUAUUGAGAAACUUCAUCAACCUUACUGCCGGUUGUAUCAAUUCUGGCUUAUAAGAAGACGAUGCCGUGCAGAUGUUCGUAACUUUCCCACCCUUUAAACGUAUCUGCUGAACUGAAUUGACCUGUCCUGUUGAUAACAUUGGUCUGAUUUUAAGUGUAGAUUUCAGUUAAGAGCCAUUACUUUUUAACCAAUCCUGAGAUUUCACAGAUUUUCUUCCAUUUUAAGAGGCAAUUUAAUGCUCACAGUGACAAUCCAGGUUGUGGUGUUCAGCGGCAUUGCUGCAUUGUUCGCCUCCAAGGCCGCCUCGAUCUCUGUGGUCUGAUGUAGUGCAGUGAUAUCUUUAAAAGGCAAGUGACUGAUAUUUUUUGAUUGGCACCAAUUUUAUAAUCAAUGAGCUAUUCAAGUAAUUUAAAAUAUGAAUCAUUCUCUGGUUUCACUUCUCAAAUAUUAAGAUUUACUGCUUUUCUUUGCUUUUUUACAAUUGUCUGUACUGUUGGUCAGACAAAAAAAGUAACGUGCAAUGAUUUUUUUCAAAAACCUAAAUGCCCUCAUUGUGCAACAGAAAAGUGUCAGAAUGUAGAAAGAAAUGUCUUUUUUUUUAAAACAAACCGCUGCCAGUUAACUGCUGUUGUGAAUUUUAUAAACAUGAUUCUCUAAAUCACAGAUCCCUUUUAUUCCCCAGUCAGCUAAUGUUUUGUUUACAUUCUUCUUGACAUUAAAUCCAUGAUGGAAACAUUUAUUGUUAGGCUAAAAGCACCUCAGUGCGGCCUCAGUCUUGUUUUUGCAGGGUGAACCGGCUUUUGUUCAGUUCACCACAAAGUCCAAGCUUGUCAGCCUCCUGCCAGGUUCUGAUUGACCACAGUUUCCUGUUUCUGUCAUGGACGAAUCAACAAGACGCUAAUGAUUAAACCCUGGUUCUGCCUGGAUCUGAAAGCUAUUUGAAGCUAUAAUCAGCUAAAGACUGGGAUAGGUGAUUUCUUAGGGGUAAUAGAAAAUGGUUAAAACUUAGUCUAGUGUUCUCAGGCUACAAACAAGUGAUCAGGAACUUUUUGUCCACAAAAGUGUCCAUGAAAUCCUGCAGAAACUUUGUUUGCAAGAAAAUGUUGUUAAUUUUUAAUCCUGAAGUUGUAUGGAAGAACCUUGUGUAGAGCAAUAUGCUGUUAAAUCAUCUGUCAACAAUAUUUUUCUUUGCCACCAACGUCCCUGUAAAGAUUGCAGAGAUAAGCCACUUUCCAUGACAACAGAUUCAACGUUUUCAGAAUGCACAAACUAAACACACAAACUAAAUGUCAUAAUACUGUGAUACUGUGAUACUAUUUUGAUGUAAUAAAGAAAACUACAGAAA